GUCACGUGAAGUGAGCAGGGGAAGGUUGGCGGGACUUUGGCAGUGAAGCUCUGCUCCGCUGUCCCUCGCAUGAGGUCACCGUGGCCAGGGCGGGGUCGACGCGAGAGCUUGGAAGCUUCUGCUGACACUGCUAGCGGAAGAUGCAAAGCAGCGCUGUUCCAUCGCCGGAGCCCCUGUUAGCCGCCGGUGCCGGUGCUGGAAGCAAGACAUUGGUAGGAGCCACGAGCGCCUUCUGCACGUCAAUGCUCCCUCAUCCGCAGCUUCAAUGGGGGGGGCAUUGAGGCGGUUGUUGAGGUGGUGGUUGCCCGGCCAAGCCCACGCCCGCCAGGGGACACGAGUCGACUUCGUCCACGGCCAUUGAGUGGCACGAUGCAGCAGAGUUGCUGCAGGCUUUGCCUCAAGGCCAAUGCCCAUUGGAGGGAUCUGGGGACACGGGCUGCGCAGUGGAUUCUCAUCAUCACAUCGCCCCCCCUCCACUUCUCAUCCAGUCCAAGGCCCCGUGGUGGCCACAGACUCGCGGUGGCGGAAGCCUGCUGCUGGUUGGCAACUCCGCAAAGCCGGCUGGGCUCGCUGGCUGGAUCAAGGACCAAGGCCACGGCUGGAGAGAAGGAUGGAUGGAUGGAUGGAUGGGCAUGGAACUGGGCCAAUGCCGGCAAUGCCCGGGUUUGGGUGAGCGACUUUUCCAUGGAAGCCAAUUGGUGCUGGACGGCACAGUUUGGAAACUGGAGCCCGUCGCUUGCCAUUGCAUUCUAUGCCUUGAGAAUCGGUCUGCUUGCGUUGCUCGCCCCCCAUGAGCGAGCUGAGCCACCCCAGGAUCUUUCGUAUGACGGGUAUAGCGGUGAUGCGGUAGGAUCCAAACCAGACGUACCUUGUGGUGAGUAAUACACUUAAAUGGUAAAAGUACAAAGGGAGAAGAGGAUCAGGCAGAUGAGAUAUACACAGGGAAUAUGGCCCAGAUGUACGUGUCGUCGAUAAACCUUUGGACUGGUCUUCAAGGGAAGGGGGAAAAGUUUUGGGC